GGGCUGCUGUCUGAUCUCCCUGUCUUCCCCAGUCCCUGCUUCAGCCCUUCUGCUGAGAGUAGCUGGGUGGGAGAAGGCCAGGCCAAUUACAUAAGCCCGUGGCUGGGACCCUGGGAGGCCAGGCUGGAGAGCAGGUGCUUAGCCCCUCCCUCACCACCAACCGUGAAAAUCUCCCGCUGGAGCCCAGCCUUGGGGUGGCCCAGCAUGGAGGCAGUCACAGCUCUGGAGGUGCCCUCGGGAUCCACACUGAAGGUGAAAGAAACGCACACCGCUGAUGCUGAAGGACCCCCCGCUUCAUCUCGACAAGAGUCCAGCAGCCCCAUUCCCCAGCUCCUGCCCCGUAUAGAAGAGCACCCCAAGAUCUGGCUACCUCGGACCCUGAGGCAGACCUAUAUCCGGAAGGUCGGAGACACUGUGAACCUACUAAUCCCAUUCCAGGGCAAACCCAAACCUCGAGCCACCUGGACACAUGAAGGCUGUGCCUUGGAUGCCAGCCGUGUGAGUGCCCAACGUGCUGACUCAGGUUGCUACCAGCUCAGUGUACAGCUGGGAGAGCUGGAGGCCACUGCCACCAUUGACAUCCUGGUGAUCGAGAGGCCAGGGCCUCCUCAGAGUAUCAAGUUGGUGGACGUUUGGGGCUCCAAUGCUACUCUGGAGUGGACACCUCCCCAAGACACGGGCAACACGGCACUCCUGGGAUACACCUUGCAGAAGGCUGACACAAAAUCUGGGCUGUGGUUCACGGUGCUGGAGCAUUAUCACCGCACCAGCUUCACAGUCUCCAACCUCAUCGUGGGCAACUCCUAUGCCUUUCGAGUCUUUGCUGAGAACCAGUGUGGGCUCAGUGAGACAGCCCCCAUCACAGCUGACCUUGCCCACAUCCAGAAAACAGCAACUGUCUGCAAGAUCGAGGGGUUUGUGCAGCGAGAUUUCUCUGAAGCCCCAAAGUUCACCCAGCCUUUGGCGGACUGCACCACAGUCACCGGCUAUGACACCCAGCUCUUCUGCUGUGUCCGCGCCUCUCCCAAGCCAAAGAUCAUCUGGCUGAAGAACAAGAUGGAUAUCCAAGGCAACCCCAAGUACAGAGCUCUCAGUUACCUGGGAAUCUGUUCUUUAGAAAUCCGCAAGCCUGGUCCCUUUGACGGGGGCAUCUACACUUGCAAGGCGGUUAACCCCCUGGGGGAGGCGUCUGUGGACUGUCGGGUGGAUGUGAAAGCUCCUCAUUGAGGCUCCCCAAGAGGAUUAGGGCAACUCUGACAAAGGUAAGGAAAGAGGGGCUGGGGUUCUGAAAGGAGUAGGUCAUGUUUAUGACUAGUGUUGAGUCUGAGACAGACAUAUAUUCCUGAAUCUUUCAACCAUGCAGCCAGUGGUGACUACUUUCCUCUUAACCACUUUCUUUGGUAAGCUACCACUAUCAUCUCCGUGAAAGGAAUUUACUAUAGAUGGUACUAGUUGUGUCACAUCCUCUAUCUAUCUCUACUCAAGUUGAUGACAGGUGUUAAACCUAAGGGACCUCUGGAAAGGGAUGACAGCACCUACCUAACUGUAAGCGGGUUCUGUGGGAGGGAGGUGGGCAGGCACUAUACGAAAAGUCAUCAAGGGAACAAUCAGGAGUGGAGGAUGGACGGUCACCACCAGCAAGUGGCAGCAGCAUGGAAAAAGAGACAGGAAGCUGCUUUUAGUCAUUGUUUCUACCUCAGAAUCAUGAGCAUGGUGAGAAACAGAUUAGUUUGCUUAUCUUCUGCUUUGAAGUUUAUGGAUUCCCUCCCUUCUGAGAGAAGAAACCACUAUUAUCAUCAUGCCAAUAAUAAUUGAACAUGUGGGCAUGUGGUCCCAAGCAGCACAUUACCGGCAAAGGGCAACUCAGAUCACCGUUUAAAAUGGGAUAGCGUGUUCAGGUUCUGAAUCACGCACAGUAGAAAUGCUGUGUACAAACUGAUGAGUGGGGUGAAAAAGCAGCUCGUGGGAGAAUUAAGGAGAACUGGUUCCCAGUGUCUCCUUGGACUUGCAGUUCAGGGCUGAUGAAGAUUGAGAGAGAAUACCAACCUAGAAGCCAUUUAUUUGAGUCCAUCAUCGAUAAAGAGCAAAUAAAAACCCUCAGGGAUGCAUUAAAAGCACAGACUUCUCAGGAGAACUCUCUUGGCCAGUUGGCUUGCAAAGACAGUUCUCUGGCCACCCCUCAGUCCCCUCUCUGGGCUAAUGUUAAUGUCACAUUGGGGUUAGCCUUGUCAGGGGGACUUGCUCUGCUACCUCUCUCUCAGCCAGCACGGGCAACACAGCAAAGUAGAGAAGUGACAGCACAGGACCCAGGGACCAGGGAGAGGAUUGCCUCAGCAUCCUGGAUGUGCGCUGGGUGUUUGCUGUUACAGCCACAACAUACUCUUUCUUUUCUGUGCCUCCAGGAAGCCUGACUGUGGUGAGACUGUGUUCUCAAGGAGCUCCAGCACAGUGUCUGCUUUGGACUAAUCUAAAUAAAUGUGUGGAUCCUCAGUGC